CAGUACACGAUAUUUUCAUUACUUUAAAACACUUAAAUUUUUUGGUGUUACUUAAAGGCCUACAUUUCAAACACUUAAAGUGUUCCUGCACUAAAAAGAUUAUACAAUGAGAAGCAGUGGGUACUGGCACACAAGCACUUCUCAUUUUGCUGCUCCUUCUGUUGUUUACUUCUCUUUUAAAGGACUAAUUUUCCUUUAGCGUUUUCUCUGCUUUUGAUUUUUUCUUUCCUCUUUCUGUCCCAUGUUUUUUAACACACUCCCUCUUCAUAUAGGUUCUGCUAUGCCAUUAUUUAUCCAUCUGUACCCUAUUUUUUUUUCCUUUAGAUAAAGCAGCGUUUUUACAUAUAUUUUGUUUUAUGUUUUGAAACCUGUAAUGUUUAAGGGGUUGUUUCCUUUCAAUACAGUGAAAUCCGAUUUCUGCUAUGCCAUGUUAUCUUGCUUUUCUCACCUAUCCUCAUUUCUCCCUCCAACAGAUCAACCAGGCUCAUGUCCAGGAAGCAUCGGGAAAAGCUUCUCAUAAAAAUGAGAGAGUCAGAUCUUGAGAAUGAGCCACCACAGGCUGACUCCCCGCUGUGCAAACUAAAGGGGAGUAGGAAUGUGCUGGUGAAGCCUAAAAUUGCAGAACAGCAAGAGCUUGAGAAGAUACAAGAACUUCAAAAGAAUCUCAAGAAAAAUGAGCAUUCCAUGAAAGCUGCCAUAACUAGAGCAGGUCAGUCUUUGAAUAAUGGUGACCCUCCAGUCACAAAACCAGUGGAUUUUCUCUGUAAAACCAAUGAUCAACUUGAGCAUGGUUCCAAUCAACCUGAGAGAAAUGACUGUAACAUGGUGAAAUUUGUUGCAUCACUAAGGAGACACCAACCGCUAUCGGUUCAGAUUCCUAAACGAGGAUACACAAUCCCAAAACCCUUCAACCUGUCACAGGGAAAAAAACGAAAGCGUGAGGAGGCUUUGGAAUCCAGUGCUGAAAAGGUUAUAUCUUUCUCCAAAAGAACUCCCGCACCUUAUUGCCUGCAUGGCCACCAGAGGGAGCUCGAGGAAGAGGAGGUGCCUGUUAUCAAAGCCACUCGUACGCCACAUUACAGGGUCCUAUUUAAACCCAAACUUUUAGAAAAGAGACAAGUGGAUCAUAGGCGGAGGGUGACUUUUGAGUUUGGGAAGGCUAAUCAAAGAUCAGCAAAAAAAAUUUCACCUACCGGAGGUGCAGGCCUUCAGAGCAGUUGGGGGAAACAAUAGCAUUUUUUAAAGCAAAGUCCCCUAUAGAGUGCUAUAGUCACCUUAUUAAGAAAAUGUGUGUGCCCCAAUGAGGCCUUCCAUACCAGGAGGUCCCUCCCAGUGAACAAGCCACAGUGCUUGAUAGAUUUCUUAAAAGAGAACUGAACCCUAAAACAAAAUAUGGCUAAAAAUGCCAUAUUUUAUAUGCUGAACUUAUUGAACCAGCCUAAAAGUUCAGCAUCUCUAUAGCAGUGAUUUCAAACUUGUCACAGGAACUCCCUAUCUUUGAUUUUGUUAAAAGUCUUUUACACGCACAUGCUCAGUGAGCUUUGAGCAGCUGUUUAGAAGCUAAACGUAGGAGUUUUCACAAAUCAGAAAAUAGGUAAGACUGUUAACUGAUAUUACGAAGCUGGUGAAUAAAUUAUGAUGCUAA